UUUACUUUGUUUCUCACACAGGCCAUGGAGAGUAAACUGCUUGUUGGAGGGAAAAACAUAGUAGAUCAUACAAAUGAACAGCAGAAAAUCCUGGAGCAGAAACGGCAGGAGAUUGCAGAGCAGAAACGUCGAGAAAGAGAAAUUCAGCAGCAAAUGGAAAGUCGAGAUGAGGAGACCUUGGAGCUUAAAGAGACAUACAGCUCAUUGCAGCAGGAGGUAGACAUCAAGACCAAAAAGCUCAAAAAGCUCUUUUCCAAGCUCCAGGCUGUGAAGGCUGAGAUCCAUGACCUCCAAGAAGAACAUAUCAAGGAGCGCCAAGAGUUGGAGCAGACUCAGAAUGAGCUCACCAGGGAGCUGAAGCUCAAGCACCUUAUUAUAGAAAACUUAAUCCCUUUGGAAGAGAAGAAUGAAAUUAUGAAUAGAUCCUUUUAUGAUGAAGAAGAGGAUCAUUGGAAAUUACAUCCUAUAACCAAACUGGAGUAAGUCCCUGUUGACCUGAAGUGGGAAGACAGAAAGAAUGUUAAUAGAUGGUAUUUGUCCACUAGGGUGUGGGGAGAACUCAUUGAAACUUAGAACCAAUUGCAUUUUUGACUUUGUGGCCGCCAUAAGCCCAUGAGGUAAAACCUGGUGCUAAGUGUGAUUAAGAAUUGGGAAAAUUUGUCACCUGUGAACUACUUACAGCCUUUCCCACGAUCCCAACUUUUC